AAACGGAAGGAUGCAGAUUUUUCUGGUUACAAGAUCUCAGAAAACGCAGAUUUGAGAGAGGGCAGUUUUCUCUCUCUCUCUCUCUUUUUCGCGAUUUUUCAGAUCCAUUCAUAUAGCUUCCACAACCGAUCAAAACCACGAGUUCCGAGUAGUUAAGGUUUCGAAACAGGCGUUGUAGAAUUUGGAGGAACCACGGUAGGAAAUGGAGAAAUCUUCUACGUUGUUAAUUCACUUCGACCGAGCAACUCCUGCUCUCGCUAACGAGAUCAAGGAGGCUCUUGAAGGAAACGAUGUUGCUGCGAAGAUCGAAGCAAUGAAGAACGCCAUCAUGCUGUUGUUGAAUGGAGAAACCAUCCCUCAGCUUUUCAUCACGAUUAUUCGGUAUGUCUUGCCUACCGACGAUCACACGAUUCGGAAGCUUUUGCUUCUGUAUUUGGAGAUCAUCGAUAAAACGGAUUCCAAAGGGAAAGUUCUCCCGGAAAUGAUCCUGAUAUGCCAGAAACUCAGGGAUAAUCUCCAGCACCCGAACGAAUACAUUCGUGGUGUUACUCUGAGAUUCCUUUGUCGGAUGAACGAGACGGAGAUCAUUGAGCCAUUGAUUCCUUCGGUUUUGUCCAAUUUGGAACAUCGUCAUCAGUUUGUUAGGAGGAAUGCAAUCCUUGCGGUUAUGUCGAUCUACAAGCUUCCUCAGGGGGAGCAGCUUCUUGUCGAUGCACCGGAGAUGAUCGAGAAGGGGCUUUCGUCUGAGCAGGAUCCUUCGGCCAAGCGAAAUGCUUUCCUUAUGCUCUUCAAUUGCGCUCAGGAUCGUGCACUCAAUUACCUCCUCACCCACGUUGAUAGUAUCCCUGAAUGGGGGGAAGCUAUUCAGAUGGUUGUUCUGGAGUUGAUCCGAAAGGUUUGCAGAACGAAUCCGGGAGAGAAGGGGAAGUACAUUAAGAUCAUCAUUUCUCUACUGAACGCACCAUCCGAAGCCGUUAUUUAUGAAUGUGCUGGCGCGCUUGUUUCUCUCUCGUCCGCCCCCACGGCUAUCAGGGCUGCUGCCAGCACCUAUUGCCAGCUUCUUCUCUCUCAGAGUGACAACAAUGUUAAGCUUAUUGUGCUUGAUCGUCUGCAUGAGCUCAAGUCUUCUCACAGAGAUGUUAUGGUUGAUAUGAUCAUGGAUGUACUCAGGGCUCUUUCUAGCCCCAACCUUGACAUUCGCAGGAAAACAAUCGAUAUCGUUCUCGAACUGAUAACUCCUAGGAAUAUAGAUGAGGUUGUUCUCACUCUGAAGAAGGAAGUCAUGAAGACUCAGAGUACGGAGCUUGAGAAGAAUGGCGAGUACCGGCAAAUGCUUGUUCAGGCUAUACAUUCUUGUGCUAUCAAAUUCCCUGAGGUGGCCAGCACUGUGGUUCAUCUGUUGAUGGAUUUCUUAGGGGAUAAUAAUGUUUCUUCAGCUAUAGACGUGAUAAUUUUUGUGCGAGAAAUAAUUACAACUAACCCAAAACUAAGAAUUUCAAUAAUAACAAGACUCUUAGACACCUUCUAUCAGAUCCGUGCUACACGAGUUUGUGCUUGUGCUCUUUGGAUCAUUGGAGAAUAUUGUCUCUCUCUUUCAGAAGUUGAGAAUGGAAUUGCAACCAUUAAGCAGUGUCUUGGAGAACUUCCAUUCUACACUGCUGCAGAAGAAAAGAAUGCUGUAGAUGCUCCUAAAAAGUCUCAGCAAGUUAAUUCUAUAACUGUCUCCUCUAGAAGACCCGCGAUCCUUGCAGAUGGGACCUACGCAACCCAGAGUGCUGCCUCAGAAAUUGCUAUCUCUCCUCCUUCCAUUGUUUCAGGGUCCUUGGCAUCUCCUGGGAAUCUGCGAUCUCUCAUCCUUACUGGUGACUUCUUCCUUGGGGCUGUUGUUGCCUGUACACUGACAAAGCUUGUUUUGAGAUAUGAAGAGGUUCAGUCAUCAAAGAUUGAAGUUAGCAAAACAUCUAGUGAAAUCUUAUUAAUCAUGGUCUCUAUGUUGCAGUUGGGACAGUCUCCAGUUCUUCCACAUCCAAUUGACAGUGACUCUUAUGAUAGGGUUGUGCUUUGCAUUAGAUUGCUAUGCAAUACUGGCCAGCAGAUUAGGAAGAUAUGGUUGGAGUCAUGCCGUCAAAGUUUUGUUAAAAUGCUUGCAGAGAAACAGCUGAGGGAAACAGAGGAGAUAAAAGCAAAGGCUCAAAUUUCUCGUGCACAACCAGAUGACCUCAUCGACUUCUACCAUUUGAAGAACAGGAAGGGAAUGAGCCAGCUUGAGUUGGAAGAUCAGAUCCAUGAUGAUCUAAAACGUGCCACUGGAGACUUUUCCAAGGAUGGUGAUGAUGCAAAUAAGCUCAACCGCAUUCUUCAACUUACAGGAUUUAGUGAUCCUGUGUACGCUGAAGCAUAUGUGACAGUUCAUCAUUAUGACAUUGUCCUUGAUGUUACCAUAAUUAAUCGAACUAAGGAGACACUACAGAACUUGUGCUUGGAGUUAGCAACCAUGGGUGAUCUCAAGCUCGUGGAACGUCCACAAAACUAUACACUAGCUCCAGAAUCAAGUAAGCAGAUAAAGGCAAAUAUUAAGGUCUCAUCAACUGAAACAGGAGUCAUAUUUGGGAACAUUGUCUAUGAGACUUCGAAUGUGCUUGAACGAACAGUUAUUGUCCUCAAUGACAUCCACAUUGAUAUCAUGGACUACAUCUCUCCAGCAAACUGUGCUGACUGGGCAUUCAGAACUAUGUGGGCUGAGUUUGAAUGGGAAAACAAGGUGGCAGUGAAUACUGUAAUUCAAGAUGAGAAAGAAUUCCUGAAUCACAUCAUCAACUCUACAAAUAUGAAGUGUCUUACUCCACCAUCAGUGUUAGAUGGAGAAUGUGGAUUCCUUUCUGCUAACCUGUAUGCUAAGAGUGUAUUUGGGGAAGAUGCUUUGGUAAACCUGAGCAUUGAGAAACAAGCAGACGGGAAGCUCAGUGGGUACAUAAGGAUAAGGAGCAAGACCCAGGGGAUUGCCCUAAGUCUGGGAGACAAAAUCACUCUAAAACAGAAAGGAGGAAGUUGAUGGAUAAGUAUCAUCAUCCAUUUUUCCAAUCUGUGAUUCUUUCUUCCAAAAUUCAAUAUUUGUUCAUUCAUGACCUUUGCUAUUCAUAUUAUUUUGAUUGUGGUUUUUUCUGGGUAUUUAUAAGUUAUAACACAAGUUUAUGGUUUACAUCUCUGGGGCAUGAUGUACUCCUUACAUGCUUAAGGAUCAGCCUUAGCACAGCCCUAAGAAUUGAGCAGUCAAAACACAACCAAAAUGUACUGGUCAAAGUUCCUUUUGUCCAAGUCUAGGCUUGUGUUACGGUAUUGUUUAAAGCUAAAUUGAGCUAUAGAACUUAAAAACUUUUUUUGAGCUAUA